GACACUUGACAAUGCCAUGACACUUGAGAAACAUUGAAAAAUUACAAACGGUGUGCUUGGAUACGAGACGCUAACUAGUGAAUAUCAAAAAAUAAAAUAUAUUAGGUAUCUCACUUGUGAAUUUGCUAUAAUAUGGCGUCAGGCUUAGAAAACUACAUAAAUCAAACAGUAUCAGUGAUAACUGCUGAUGGACGAAAUUUUAUCGGCACCUUGAAAGGCUUUGAUCAGACUAUAAACAUUAUUUUGGACGAGUCGCACGAAAGAGUAUUUUCGUCCUCAUCAGGAAUAGCACAAGUUGUGUUGGGAUUGCAUAUAAUUCGAGGAGACAAUAUUGCUAUUGUGGGUCAAAUUGAUGAAUCAAUAGACAGCAGACUAGAUCUAGGAAAUAUUAAAGCCGAACCUCUAGGACCAAUAGUACAUUAAUCUACCAAAUAGGUAUAAUUCUAAGUAUAUUUUAAUAAAGGAGUCAUAAUGGUUU